GCUUCGUGAACAAAGAUGAGGAGUCGCACAUGGUCGAGGACGUGGGCGGCACUGCGAACACUGAGGAUCUCGAACUCGCCAAUACCAUCGAGGAGGUGAAAUUGGUCACGGUCGGCAAGGAGUACCUGCGAGCCAAGCAGCUCAUCCAUCACGUGAAGUACGAGAACAGCGACCGCAGGUUCAGGUUCGGCGACGGCAAGACGCUAGAUUCCAAGCAGGAAAUCACGCUCACCGUCUGGCCCUUCGGCGUGAGGAAGGAGAUCACGAUCCACCUGGUGCCUGGGUGGACACCGCCCCUCAUCGCGAGGCCAUGCGUGGAGGAGCGGGGACUAGUCCAGGACGAUCGCGAGGGCAAGUUUAUGCUGAAGGGGCACGUCACUAUCGACCUGUUAGGCUGCGCCGGCAACGCGCCCGGCGACGUCAUGAACGUGGGCAUCCCGACGGAGGACGAGGGCAGCAACGCCAGCGACGACUCGCCCGAUCGCGCUUCGAGCGGUUCUGGGCCUGAGGACGACGCCGCGGACUCGGACAUCGGAGACGCCGACGCGCACUACCUGGAGACGUACAAGGCGUUCCUGGCCCCACGCGAGACGGACGAGAUCACGGUCAUAGACGAUUCCGAGGAUCCAGAGAACGGCGCCAGGAAGGACCCGAACGGCACGCCGCCGGACGUCUACUUAGACUUGAUCCUCGCAGUGGAGAACGUUUUCGUGGACCUAUGCCGGCUCUCCACCGAGUUGCUGAACUGCCCGAUGGUCGAGGUGGUACAUGCCAAGCAGAGCGAGGGCUGGGACUUUUCGAAGCCGCGCAUCAUUCGGCAGCUUCUGGAGGCCAUCGACAGGGGGAAGCCCGACGAAAUCUUCUUCGCCCCGCCGUGUACCAACUGGCGUUCGCGGCAGCACGUGAACGCGCCCCUCUCGGAGGAGCGCAAGGAGGCGAUCGCCGAG